UUCGUCUCCCCCCUCCUCCUCUCUCUCUCUCUCUCUCUCUCUCUCUCUCUCCUUUGCGCGGAGUCUAACAUGGGAGAGGAAUAAAAAAAAACCCGCGGGACACAUGUUGGGACGUGUGGCUGUCUCCUGGCGUGUUUAGGUUGCUAGACAGUGAUCGUUGGAGUAGUCAAACACAGAAGGCUCAUGGGGAUUGGCUGCUGCUGCCGCUGGACAUCUGAAGGAUCCUUGAGGGAUCGUCCUGCUGGAUCAGCCUGAACACACACUUUGAAAACACACAUCCAAGGUUUUGGCAGGAUAACGAUCUCCCUGAUUGCCACUCUGUAAAUCACAUCUGCACUUGCACACACACACACACACACACACACACACACACACACACACACAAACACACACACACACACACACACAUUCACACACACGCCUGCUGUACUGCACUGGCACCUGACCGACCUGUCAGCGAUGACGUCACACAGCCACCAAGAGGGGAUCCUGGGGAAGGAGCAGCCACUGGCGGUUCUGAAGACAUCAGCGCUCAACCACAUCCCAACAGUGGACAUCAACUCGGCGCUGCCCCUGCGUCUCCCUCCAGCCGCCAUCCCCAUGGACCUGCGCGUGGACCAUCACCAGCACCAACAGCAGCAGCAGCAGGUGUCUUCGCUCUCCCCGCCCUGUCAGCAGUCCAGCGGGCAGGUUUCACCAUGCUCCUCUUUGCGGGAACAGCAGCUGCAGCAGGAGUUGCUCACCCUGAAGCAGAAGCAGCAGAUCCAGCGGCAGAUCCUCAUCGCUGAGUUCCAGCGGCAGCACGAGCAGCUCUCCCGUCAGCACGAGGUCCAGCUCCAGGAACACAUCAAGCAGCAACAAGAACUGCUGGCGUUGAAGCACCAGCAGGAGCUGCUGGAGCACCAGAGGAAAAUGGAGAACCACCGUCUGGAGCAGGAGCUGGAGAAACAGCAACGGGAGCAGAAACUGCAGCUGCUGAAGAACAAGGAGAGGGGCCAAGAGAGUGCUGUGGCCAGUACUGAGGUGAAGAUGCGUCUCCAGGAGUUCGUCCUUAACAAGAAAAAGGCCCUGGCCCAGCGGAGCCUCAACCAAGGAGGCCUCCCCAACGAUGCUCCCUACUGGUACCGAAAAACCCAGCACAGCUCCCUGGACCAGAGCUCGCCUCCACAGACUGGUGUGUCCACCUACAACCACCCUGUGCUGGGCGUCUACAACCCCCGGGACGACUUCCCACUCCGAAAGACCGCCUCUGAGCCUAACCUGAAGCUGCGCUCCAGGCUGAAGCAGAAGGUGAGCGAGCGAAGGAGCAGUCCGCUGCUGCGCCGUCGAGACAGCCCCAUCACCUCCGCCAAGAAACGCUCCCUCGACAUGGCAGACUCCGUUUGUAGCAGCGCCCCUGGCUCAGGCCCAAGCUCCCCGAAUAACAGCUCCAAUAACAUCCCCAAUGAGAACGGCAUCACUGUGUCACUCUGCAACAACACGGAGGCAUCUCUGGCCCAGAGGCUGUGCAGCGGUGCUGAGCGGGGCUCCGUUAACCAGCUGUCCCUCUACACUUCACCAUCCUUACCCAACAUCACCCUGGGGCUGCCCGCCACAGCCACGGCCACUGCUGCUUCCAAUGUCACCUCAGCCCAGCAGGAUGGAGGUCUGCAGCCGGCCCUCUCCCUCAGCCCUCCCUUCCUCUCCGGUGGCCACUUGACCCCCUACCUAGCCGAGGCAGGAGCGGGAACAGGCGGGCACGGUGGGCACAGUCCACUCCUGCAACACAUGGUGCUCAUGGAGCAGAGUCCAGCACAGAGCCCCCUGGUGACAGGCGUAAGCGGCUUGUCCAUGUCAUCGGCGGCCUCCAUGGCCAAGCUGCAGCGGCAGCACCGGCCCCUGGGGAGGACCCAGUCUGCCCCGCUGCCCCAGGGGAGCGCGGCCCAGGCCCACGCCCAGGCCUUGGCCCUGCAGCAGCUGGUGGUCCAGCAGCAGCACCAGCAGUUCCUGGAGAAGCACAAGCAGCAGUUUCAGCAGCAGCAGCUCCACCUCAACAAGAUGAUGGCCAAGCCCAGCGACUCACCUGUGGGCCGUCAGCACCAGAGCCACCCGGAGGAGACGGAGGAGGAGCUACGUGAGCACCAGGAUGGCGGCUCCCUGCUGCCGGGGAUCACCAUCAAGCAGGAGCCCCCCGACCCGCAGGAGCUCCAGGAGGAGGCGCUACAGCAACACAGGGAAAGGCAGGCAGAGCAGGAACUCCUCUUCAGACAGCAGGCACUGUUGUUGGAGCAGCAACGGAUUCACCAGCUGAGAAACUACCAGGCCUCCAUGGAGGCUGCCGGCUUGUCAAUCUCCUUCCCGGGACACCGCCCCCUGUCCAGGGCCCAGUCCUCUCCAGCUUCUGCCUCCUCUUUCCCAAUCAGUGUGCCAGCUCCCGAUCCACCUGUCAAGCCUCGCUUCACCACAGGCCUGGUGUACGACUCUCUAAUGCAGAAGCACCAGUGCAUGUGCGGCAACACCAACAGUCACCCGGAGCACGCGGGCCGCAUUCAGAGCAUUUGGUCGCGGCUGCAGGAAACCGGACUAAGAGCACAGUGUGAGUGCAUCCGUGGGAGGAAGGCCACACUGGAAGAGCUGCAGACGGUUCACUCUGAAGCCCACGUCCUGCUGUAUGGAACCAACCCUCUCCGACAGAAACUUGAUUGUUCAAUCACUCCCAUGUUUGUACGGCUACCGUGUGGAGGAGUGGGGGUGGACAGCGACACCAUUUGGAACGAGGUCCACUCUUCCAGCGCGGCACGGCUCGCUGUCGGCUCCGUGGUGGAGCUGGUCUUCAAAGUGGCCACUGGGGAGCUGAAGAAUGGUUUUGCUGUGGUCCGCCCCCCCGGACACCACGCAGAGGAAAGCACUCCCAUGGGCUUCUGCUACUUCAACUCCGUGGCCAUCGCCGCCAAACUGCUGCAGCAGAGACUCAACGUCAACAAGAUCCUCAUCGUGGACUGGGAUGUUCACCAUGGAAACGGCACCCAGCAGGCGUUCUACGAUGACCCCAAUGUUCUUUACCUGUCUAUGCAUCGCUAUGACGACGGCAACUUCUUCCCAGGAAGCGGAGCACCUGAUGAGGUGGGAAGUGGUCCUGGAGUCGGGUUCAACGUCAACGUCGCCUUCACCGGAGGUCUCGACCCACCCAUGGGAGAUGCAGAGUACCUGGCUGCCUUCAGGUCAGUGGUGAUGCCCAUAGCCAACGAGUUUGCCCCGGACAUUGUGCUGGUGUCUUCUGGCUUCGACGCGGUGGAAGGACACCCUCCACCGCUGGGAGGCUACACCCUGACGUCCAAAUGUUUUGGCUAUCUGACCAGGCAGCUGAUGACCCUCGCUGGAGGCCGGGUGGUCCUGGCUCUGGAGGGGGGUCACGACCUCACCGCCAUCUGUGACGCCUCUGAAGCUUGCGUGGCCGCCCUGCUAGGCCAGGAGCUGGAUCCGCUGCCAAAGGCCGUCCUCGAGCAGAGGCCCAACCCCAACGCUGUCCGCUCCAUGGAGAAAGUUUUAGAGACUCACAGUAAGUACUGGCGCUCAGUGCAUCGCUACUCACCGCGGCUGGGUCUCUCCCUGCUGGAGGCCAAACGAGGAGACUCGGAGGAGGCUGAGGCCGUCAGCGCUAUGGCCUCUCUGUCUGUGGCCAACACCAACACUAUGGAUCACAGGCCGGAGGAGGAACCGAUGGAAGAGGAGGAACCACUGUAACGGAGGGAAAACGUGAGGGUGUCACACUGUUAACCUUUGACCUCUCCGGAGAAGAGUCUCGACUGAUCCCUUCAUUUAGUCCCCCCUAACCCCACUCACCACGUCAGUCACCUUGAUUGGCGGCCCCUCGGCCAAAACGAGGGAGAGGGGGUGGGCUCAGCCUCAGAGUAGGGAGCCAAUCAGGAGACAGAGGACUGAAUUGGGAAAAAAAAAAAUUGAACAUAAAAGCGAUGCUUGGCGGCGCUCGCUCAGAGACACUCAUUUUUUUCUGUCAGUCUUCGCACCACCUCCACGUUAGCCCACAGCGGCUAACCAAGUGACCUCGGUAGCGGGGCGAGUGUAUUUGGAGCGGGGGCGAGAUCAGGUCUCAUCACAGAAAGGUGUGAUAACAGAAACAUACGGUGCUUUAUACGGCUACCCUCUGACCACAUCCAGUAUGGACACCAGGGACAGCAGACGUUCCCGGCUGUCGAACGCAGCUCGGGAGUUUUCUUUUCUCUUUUCUCGACUAUUUUCCUGACAAAAUAAGGGCAUCGCAGCAACCGAGAUAAUACUUUACAAGUUCACUGUGGACUUUGGUGUGGCCGAAGUUAAAGUAGGCUUUUACGAAGACUCGAUGAUCUCGCGAUGAGACGUGUCACCUCGCUGUCGCCGAAAGUUGACGAAUGGGAGGAGUGCCUUGGUGAGAGGGUCCGCUGGAUUUCAGGAUUGUUCAGGAAAAGAUUGCCUUAAGUUAAAAGAUUUUUUUUUCGUCGCAACAGAAGCGGAGCGAGGGAGGGAAACGGGGGGGGGGGAAGAGUUCCAGUCCUUCGCGGGACGAGAACGAGACGAAAAAUAAAGCAAACAAUCUUUCAGCAUGUUUACUUGGAACGUGACGCAGACAACAUUUAUGUCUCUCACAGCCUCUCUUGAAGAGUUACUUUACUUUUGGAUGGAUCUAUUUUUCUGUAAAAAAAAGAAAAGAAA